GUGACGGGUAGGUCCUACGUAUCUGAUAGUACUUGAUCAUUGUUUGGUGUGGCUGUGUUGAUACACUUGAGGGGUCUGUGUAGAUGAAAACUGAAAUGAAGAGAUCUACAUAAAGAUGGCUGAAGCGGUGAGACCAAAGAAAUCAAAAGUUAGAUCCUCUGGAAAGUCGCAGAACAAAAAGCAGCAGCAGUUUGACAGUUUGAGGAAAGCAGCUGAGCCUGCAGUACUGUGUGCUCCUGGCCAAGAGCUUGCUGCUGAGUUCACAGAUGUUCUACUCAGCCUUCCCACUGAGCUGCCCGCACAGGAGCCUCUUAGCAACCAGACAUCAGCAGACCAAACUGAAAAAGCAGAGAAGGACCAAAACAAGCAUCAGCUGUGUGAGGAGGCAGAGACCGCAAAGAUGGCCUUUAGCGCUGGAGAGACAGAGCAUAAACUGUUAUUACAAGAUGGUGGAGUCAAAGAGGACCAAUCUCCUCCUGCCUUGCUGCUGAACCAGUGUGAUCUGAAAACUCUCUGUAAUAAAGUUGAACAUAUUAGUGUCUCUUCCUUAUUCCCUUCCCUUCCCUCUCCAUCUGUGCAAAGCCAACUCUUGGUCAACCCAUCUAUGGUCAGCUCUGGACUAGCUGAGACAUCUCUUAUGCCAUUAGUGGUUGGCACAGGCAGUGCGUUUGAGCAAACACCUCCCAUGCCAGCUGUUCUUCCUCUAGCCGACCAGGAGUCCUCUCCCCCUAGCCUCGUCCCAGUGGAGCUUACAGAGUCAGAGAGGCCCCACGAGAGACUAUACCCGGAGUUGCCCUGGUCAUGCCUGACAGCACAGCCCUUCACCAGUGAGCAGCUGCGUGUGUGGGAGCCGGGCUCCUGGCUCGAGAGCAUAGAGCUCCAUGCCUCAGAGUUCCAGGUGCUGGCCCACCAGGAGGGCCAUGAGCUGCACGAGCUGCUGCUCAGCUACUGGAGGUGCCGCAAGCAGCUGACCCAGGCGCAGGCUGAACUGCAGGCAGCCAACUGCGACUGCAAGAGUGCACAGAACCGCCUGUGGAGCUUCAAGGAUGAGCAGCUCACACUGCAGGGUGUGUGCGCAGACCAGACCAAGGUGUGUGGCUACCACCGCUUCCAGCAGGUGGCUUUGAACGAGGGGGCAAUGGCUGAGUUGAGGCGCCUGUUUGAGGCCAAGGCUGAUCUGCUCCACCAGACUGUCGCCCUGCACUCCUACACAUCCGUCCUCUCUCGUCUGCAGGUGGAGUCGUAUCUCUACCACCUGCUUAAUACAAACCCCUUCACCAGAAGUGUGGCUGUGCAUGAGGCGAGCCCAGGUGGUAGCAAGUCCCAACCCUCUUCCCUGCAGCCACUGAAGGAGAGUAUUGGUGUGCUGUUCAGCUUCACCCGCCGGGUGCUGGACGAUUCUCAGUUCCAGAACGACAUUCAUCUGUGGCUGCAGAAACUGGUGUCUGUAUUGCAUCACGUAGGCUCAGCAGGUGGCCAUCUGUAUACCCUCAACCAUCUACUUUGCUGUCCUGCAGGUGUUGGGAAAUGGGCUGGCCCCUUCCUACAGAUCAAAGUGCUGGACAAUCCAUCUGGAGUUUAUCACUUUAUGCAGGCCUUGGCAAUUCUCAUGUCUCCAGUGAGGGACCGUGCAGACUUUCUGUGCCAUAUGAGGCCCAGCAAUGUGAAAAAUAAUAACAGCUACUCAGGGCAUGCAUCUGCCAACUGGACUCUGGUGGAUGAGGGCGGAGAAGAGGACGAAGAUCCAGAGACGAGCUGGCUGCUGCUCUCAGAGGAUGACCUCAUCACUCUGCUUUCACAGUUUCCUUUUGAUGAGCUCUUCAAACACUUACUGGGGAUGUCCUCAGCAGGCAACUACCAACCUCAAGCCACCACCAGUCAGAAAAUGAUGAAGAUAUUUGCUUUUGCCUCAUCGCUGGUUGAGUUGCUAGCUGUUGGCCUGCAGACCUACAACCGCGCACGCUACCGGCAGUUCGUGAAGAGAAUUGGCCACAUGAUUAGGAUAACGCUAUGCUACGUGAGUGACCACUGGGCCCAGUACAUCAGCCUGACUGGGGUGGGCAGGACCACCAUGCAGGAGCAGUCCUUCUCCAUGGAGAAACUGCAGGUUGAGUUCGACCACCUGUUCCUCCGUGCUGUCUUGCAUGUCCUCAAGGCCAAAAGAUUGGGCAUUUGGCUCUUCAUGUCUGAGAUGCCUUAUGGAACCCUGUCCAGUGUGAUGCUCUGGAAGAUCUUCUACAUCAUGCAGUGCGCUGAGACGGACGGUCUGGACAAGUUGAGCUGCAACCUGAGUGUGGAGAACUGCAUCCAGGCCCUCCGUGAACCAAGUCACCAGGAGAAGUUUGAGGCCUGGCUGGCAGAGAUAAACAGCUCCGAUGGAAUUUGCCUGCUGACCACAUUUGCGCACAUGGCUCAGCCCAAACGCACUGACGCCGACCCUGAGUUUGUCACAACCAUCAUUUUGCAGAUUUAUGAGGUGUCUUACGUCUGUGUGUCCACACGGGAGAUCUUCUCUAAAGUGGGAAGAGAACUGCUGGCUGCCAUUGCCUCAGCCCACCCGCUCAUCAUCUCUGUACUACUAGGGAGACUCAGGGAGACCAUGGAGAAGGUUGGCAUGGUGUCCUUGUACCUAUUUAAGGAGCUACCCCUGCACUUGUGGACUCCAAGCCCGGCUGAGGUUGCAGUUGUUCGCAGCUGGCUCCUAGAUUACAGCUUGUCAGCAGUGGAGAACAAACUGGCCUGCAUUAUCUUGGAAGGCCUUAACUGGGGAUUCCAGACAGAUGGCAGCCUUGCCCUGUCUGCUGCAUUGCACAAUGAGGUGGCGCUGUUGGUGGUGGAGGCCUAUCAGAAGUACCUCACAAAUAAACCCUAUGCUGGUCUCAUUUCAGAGGGCAUUAAGCAGGUGUCUUACCUAGCCAGCAUCAUGCGAAUGGGCCAGACCCCAGAGACGUCCUUCAACCAGUGGGCGUGGGACCUGGCAAUGCGUCUUAAGCUCCACUCCAAUGAGAGGGCUCCCCAGGACGCCUGGUGUCCGCUGCCCUCCUCCACUGGGCCCACUGUGCCCGAGAUCACAGACUCCCCUACCAUGCACCCAGUGCUCAAAGCUGUCAAAGCAGGCAUCCCCAUUGGCUGUUUUCUGGCACUUGACAUGACCAGCAUUGGCCACAGUCUGGAGAGGUUCUGCAGUGAAGGCAUUCCUCUGCUGAAGAUCUUGGUCCAGUCUCACCACCUGAAAGCUGCUAUCCAUGUGUUGGAAAAUGUCCUACCACUGGCUUAUCACUGCCACUUCUACCUGCUUAAGAAUGAACAGUUUCUAAACUGCAUCCAGCUUUUCAUACAGCUAGACAGUGGGGCACCACAGGGUGUGACCCAACAGGUCACACACAAAGUGACCCAGCAUCUAAUAGGCACCUCCAGCUGCGAGAACGUCAAGCUCAUCAACAGUAUGAUCCAGGCCCACAUCUUGGAGAGCUCCAGGGUUGGCUGUGUCGGAGCCGUAGCCGUUUUGGAGUUCUGGCUGCAGGUUUUGAUAGAGCAGAACCUCUGGCACAGAGACAGAACCAUCCUGUACCUUCUGGAUCAUCUGUGCCAUGCUGCCUUUCUCCACCAGCAGGAGGAGUGUCUCCAUAAAAUCCUCUAUCAACAACAUAAGAAUGCACUUGGUUACCAUGGUGACAAGGGUCUGUUGUCAUCUCUGAUGGGGUGGAUUGUGGCAGGAAACAUCACUCCUUCCUUUAUUGAGGGCAAUGCUUUAACUGGUGAGGUGUGGUUUGCUUGGUUAAUCUUAAACAUGGAGUCCAUCUUUGAAGAAGACUCUCAGUUGCGGCGCUGUGUGGAGCACGAGCUGCUCUCCAGUCCUGCCCUCACGCCUGACCAGGCUCUCAAGAAGGCUCAGGUGCGGCUGAAGCUUCACGUCGUUCCCUCACUGCAAAGGCUGAUGGUCUACCGGUGGGCUCAGCAGGCUCUGAUUACGCCAGCAGAUCACCCACUCCUGCCUCUCAUCUGGCAGAAGUUCCUACAGCUCUACCUCCGCCAACCUGGCCCAGAGUUUGGACUGGAAGCUAAAGGCUGCAUUGGGAAGCGCUACUUCCACAGUGCUGCCCACAUCACCCUGCUGAAGGAGCUCAGGCAGCGGCUGGUGGAGGUGUGUGACUUCCACCACGCGGCCGGGAAGGCCCUGAAGGUGCCCAACCCGUGCAGCGACACUGCCAGCGAAGGAGAGACCCGCCCCUGCACCCCCAUCACCCAGUGCAUGACGUCUCCCGAGCUCCACAUCGAACUGGUUAGACUGUUCAGUGCCUUUGCUGCGUGGAUGGAUGAUGAAAGCCUACAGAAACAGGAGGUGUUCUUGCCCUCUCUACCAAAGCAAUACGAUGCCCAUCGGCUGGCCAAAAUUAUGCAGGGUCAGCAGGAGCUAUGGAUGGAGUAUAUGGACAUUGAGCGAGUUCAGCAUGAACUGAGUGAAGUUCGUGGUUUGUGGGUAAAGGUCAAAAGGGAACCGUCAUUCUCCCAUGGCAGCAGCAACUCCAUCUUUACUGACUUCAUCAACCCUCAGGCUGCAAGAGAACGCAUCCUCACCAACCUGAAGAAACAUGAUGCCCCUCAGGCAGCGUUGCCCCUGGUUCCUAUGAAAGCCCCGGUCCCUGAUAUUCCCACCGGGAGCCUGUCCGAUGAGGGGGCAUCCUCUGUUCUCAUCCAGCAUGACCUCACUAACCUCCAGCACCAAGCCAAGCUGGCAGCGGUGCGAGAGACGCAGCAGGUGGCUCUGGACAAUGAACUACUGGAGCUUCUGCCUCAGCUCUACACCAACCGUGAGGAGCAGCUCUCCAUGCAGCUUGAGUGCAGGGGCAAAGGGGGCCAGCCCUGCCAGGGCCCCGCCCACAUCACAGUGAAGUAUGCAGGCAUGCACAAACUUGAGCCAGUCCAGAACCAGAUCCAAUCCCUGAAGACUGACAUCAAGCAACUCCAGACAGAUGCAGUUAACCCCCUUCCUCAGAGCCUAGCCGAGGCCGCUGUGCACACCGAGAACUUUAUCACGACCCUGGUUAAUGCCUACAAGUUGCACCCUUCGCCAGCCUUCCAAAAAGUGGGCAUUGCUGCCUUCUAUCAAAUUGUUUCUUUCGUUUGUGAGGACACCCAAAGACAUCCACCUACUCGUCAAUUUUUUACAUCCUGUGUGGAGAUUCUGGGACAGGUCUUUAUCCGGGACAUUCAGACAGAGUGCCGGCGCGUGCUGAAGACCAUCCUUCAAAACAGGCGGCUGUGUAACCUGCUCUCCCCCUACUUCACCCCCAAUGCAUCGCCAUCCGAACUGGUGGCUUUGUAUGAGGAGGUGGUGCUGGCACUCCACGCCGACAGUGGAGACGUCAUCUUCAUGCUCCUUACAAAAUUUGACCUGACACAAUGGCUGUCUGCCACUCUGCCUCCAUUCCAUAAGCGGAGCCGUCUGAUGGAGCUCAUCCAUGUGGCCCUCACGGCCUGUGGCUUGGAGCCUGAGCCCGAGGUCCUCAUGCCUUUUAACCUCUUCUGCAAGCACUGGACCGAGCUGCUGCUCUACCAGUUUCCAGACCAUUACAGCGAUGUCCUCAGGCUCCUCACACAUAGCUCUUCACAGCAGCUCCUCAGUGCCGAUUGCUGGAGGUCUUCACUGCGAGCGCUUGGCUGUUCCGCUUAUUCGAAGAAGAAAGCAUCCAAAUCCUCCUCCACACACUCUGUCCUUCUCUCUCCUCAACAGGUUGAUGAAACGAUAGAGUGGCUCUCAAACUACUUUCUCAAACUCCGUCUGUCUAAAGGAGACUUCCGCAGUUUUGGCCUCCUUUCCAAAUGGAGGCCAUACAUAGAGGAAGUCAAGGGGUUCUGGGAGUAUCUCAUUAAUUACCUCAUUGAUCUGGAGCUGAACAGUUGUAGCAAAGAGCCACUGGGCAGUGCGAGAUUGGUCAAAGCUCUUUGGGACCUUCACUCAAAGAUGACUAAACUCUUCAGGCCCUGGAUUCUAGUACUUGAUACGGAUGAUGUGAGCAAUUCUCGCUGUUCUCCCUGGCUUGAAUCUGAUACCACAGUAGCAAUCAGCCUGGUCAGCCUCUAUACACAGUUGGCUGAGACCUUGCAUGACAAAUUCAAAGACCGCCUGUUACCAGGGCAACGAGGAGCCCUGUGGCUCCACCUCAUGCAGUACUGUGAGAGCUGUACCUCCCCUAAGAUGCCUGAAUACCUUCUGUACACCUAUCACACAGAGUAUAGCCAUCUGCCGUGGAGGGACCUUCAUCCAGACCAGGUCAUCAUGAACCAGUUCUUCAGUGUUGAAAGAGGAAGUCCAAAGACCUGUUUCCUGUUCCUGGGUGAAGUCCUGUGUGAAGUCAACUGGGUCAGUGUGUUAAGUGAUGCCAUGGGCCCAGAGCCCUCUGCCAGUGCCCAAACGAUGGUCGUCUACCUCAUAUACCUGAUGGUCUUCCUGGCUAAAGAGGACCACCUUCUUAACAAGCCUGAAUCUCCCCUUUUAAAUCUGCUUAGCCAGUCAGCAUCGCUGCCCUGGCAUCUAGUAGACGUCUCCUCCUACCAGAAUGUCACAGGCUAUGUGAACACACAUUAUCCAGCCUCUCUCGUUCUCAGCCGAGACACGUCUUCACAGCUAGUUAUCAAACUUCUCAAAAUUGCUGCUGGCUUUGGAUCGUCCUUUGAAGGCCUACAUCACAAGGACAUGACUUUAAAGUGCCAGUCAUUUCUCCAUCUGAUGGUGCAGUUUCUGACAUCUCUGGAUCAAAAUGGUAACAUCAGUCUGGCCUCAUUAGAGACUGAGAUGGAGAAGCUUUUGGAGUACAUUGUCAUUUUUAACCCCCCUGAAACAGACCUCCAGCGAAGACACAUGGCCACUUGCAGUCUGUUUGCUGAGAUGCUGACCCUGUUGAAUGGAGCAAGUGUGUCCACGGCAGAAGGGCUUAGUUCUAAGCUUCACUCUUGGGUGGAGAAGAGGGCCCGGGGCCCACUGGUCUUGCCUCUUCUCACAGCUGCCUGCAGAUGCCUGGCCUCCGUGCGUCAUAUGACACUCACCACCGAAGCUUGCAUAAUGACCUACUUCAGUGAUGCCGGCUGUGUGGAUCAGUACUCUGGCUGGGGGCCGAUACUGGUCUCCCUCCAGGUUCCUGAGCUGACAGCUGAGGACUUUGUUCAGGAGAGUCUGGCUCUGGGCAGUUACCUCACCCUCUAUGUCUACAUACUCCAGAAGCUCAACAUGGAGCAAACCCUGCUCAGUGAAAAGAGGACUCUGGUGUUGCUCAACUCCUGGAUCAACCAAGUCUUUCCUAGUGGUCCAUCCGACGAGGCCAAGCUAUUCCUGUGGUGGCACAAGGCCUUACACCUGCUGUGGGUUCAAGUGGAUCAGGGCGACCCAUGCGGGCUGGACACUCUGGUCCUGUCCUUGAUGGCCUUCCAGAACCGGCUAGCCCAGCUGGCAGAAGAACGGCUCAAUUCGGGCAUCCUGGGAGUCAUUGGCCUGGGAAGGAAAUCCCCGCUCUCCAACAAAUUUCGGGUUGUUGCUCGUAGCAUGUCCGUCUUCCUCCUGGUGCAAGUACCAUCGGAGAGCCAGUUACGCCUUCAGCCGGGAACAGAGCUGCAGCUAUCCCCUAAAGCCCAACAGGGUUUGGCUGUUCUGGAGGCCAUGCUGGCUAAUAAACAAUAUUCAGAGCUGCAGUCAUCUCUGAGCCAAGCCUGUCAGUUUAUAAAGUACCCGGGCCACUGCCUACAUGAUGGCAACCGUCUUUUAGCCCUGCUCAUCAACUCACUCUACACAGAUCUCCACUACCUGGAUAUCAUUCGCUAACAAGGUCAUAGACUUGCCUCUAAAGUGCGACGGCCAAGGCUAGCGCCCAAGCUAGCACUAAUGAACUCGUGGGGGACAUUGGGAAGAUCUCUACAUAACCAGCAUGCAUUGAGUGCUCUCUCACUCCAUCACUUUCUCUCAUUCGCUCUGUGACUCACUCUCUCUUUGUCUCCUUUUUUGUAACUUUUGUACCCUUUUUCUCCUUCUUUCAUUCUUCCUUCCUUCCUCCCUUCAUGUCUCUACAUUUCACUUUAGCUCAAAAUUAAGGUUGGAUUUCUCUUUAUUUUUUAAAUGCUUCUUUUGCACUAUACUGUCAGUGAGCCAAACAUGACUGGUGCCGCCCCAGCCUUUCUCCUAUUGACCUUCCUCAUUUAAAUCAACCCAUUUUAAAGCUGCUUUUGGUGGUAGAGCUAGGCCCUCUGUGUGCUCUGGUUCAUCUCUUUUGCUCCUAAUGUGGAAAUGUGAUUGCUUAGUACCAGAAAGGAGUAUAUCAGUUAUCAAACUCUUCUACAAAUUCAACACAGAGUUUGUUAAAUAUUACAUGCAGUUUAUAACAGUGUAGACGUUUAAAGGUUUGUGGGCUCUGUUUUAAGAGACAUUUGGUGAUAUUUGUGAGGGACUGACACAGAGACAGGUCUUACAAUCUAUAGUGCUUUCUCAAGUAAAGUGACCUCAGAUAGUGUGAUUGUAGUCCAACCAAAAUGUGGGGGGGGGGGGUUUGUUUUGUUUUGUGUUUUUUUUUUUGUGUGUGGUUUUUUUUUUUAUUAUUGUUUUUUUGGAAGCUGAUGCGGGUACCAUGUGAGAAGCCCUAUAACAAUAUAAAAUCUUGCCCUUCCUCCAAGAUGCUUAUUUUACUUGAUUUCCACCCAUCUUUUAGGCAUGCACUUUCAAGGAUGUUUGCUUGAGGUCAGAAGUUCAGUAGAUCUUAUGAGUGAAUGCUUUUAGUAUAUUAAGUGGUAUGCUAUUCUUUUCUUUUUUGUCCAUAUUUUCACAAACUAUUUAAAACGUGCUUUAUUGCUGGCACAAUGGAACACGAUGGGUUAUAUAUAGGCAUAUGGAACACAAUGGGUUAUAUAUAGGCAUAUUUACACGGAUGCAUCUCUGUUAUAUUGUAAUUAUAUUUGAUUUUAAAAUAUCCUUUUUAGAAACCACCAGAAGAGAAUGCAGUUCAUGUAUGUUGGGACUGAACAUAAUGCUGAAGCAAUAUCAAACCUCAACUAGUGAAGAUGGUCCCUCUAAAGCACAAAGCACACCAGUUUUUCUUGUCUCACAAAACCCAGGACUGAAAAAUUUCUUUGCAAAUGUAAACAAAUGUGAUAUGAAAUUGUGUAGUAUCCUUCUUGCCUUCAAAUGUCCUUACAGUAUGUGGCUUUUUUGUAUCGUGCCAUGACUCUUCUGCAAUCCUUACACUAACAUAAUGUCAUAUCAGUGAUUUGUAUACUGCUACUGUGAAUGAGAAUAGCCCUAGAACAUGUCUACCAAUGUCUAUAAUACAAGAAUGAAGA